UAUGUUGAAAAGUUUAAGUAAUUGAUAAAACAUCUAGGAAAAUGAAGAACUCUUCAUUUCUAAUUUUUACGAUUUUUUUCUUUGGCUUGGAAGCUUUAGAAACUGAUAAAAUGAUCAACUGUUAUUUGAGGAAUUAUAAAUCUGUAGACAAAGUGAGAGUGCGAUUUAAAGGCAUUGAUCCCAAAAUGUGUACCCAUAUUAGUUUUGCUUUUUAUGAUCUAGCCGAAAAUGGCAGUCUUAAAGUUCCCCACCAUGCACCGGACAAAGGCCUUAUAUCUAAAUUGGUUAUGGAAAAUCCUGAUCUAAAGCUAAUAGCUGUUGUGGGCGGUGUGAAUGUUUCAACUCAACUAUUCUCAGCAAUGGCUGCAGAUGAAGUUAAGCGUAGAAACUUUCGAAGGUCAGUGAUUGUAUAUCUUUUGGAAAAUGGAUUUAAUGGCUUAGAUAUACAUUGGCUGAACAAAAGUAAUCCAGCUGAUAGACCGCAAUUUGUUACGCUGUUGAGUGAAUUGAGUGAAUCCUUUAGCUAUAAUGAUCUUGAGCUCGGUAUAUCGACAAUAGCUGAGUUGAGUUACAUUCGCUCAUGGUACGAUAUCUCAAAUAUUGUUAAAUAUGUGGAUUUUAUCAAUGUCAUGGCCUAUAAUUAUACUCGCGGCAGAGUUGACCAUGAUUCGGCCUUGUAUGGAAAUCAUAAUGGAAAUGCACAUGCCACAAUAAAUUUGUGGCUUAAAGGUGGUGCCCCUGCUUCAAAACUAAACCUGGGAGUGUCAUUCAUUGGCCAUCAUUUCGACGAGAUUAAAUCUAAGAGAAAUAAAUUUAAAGUCAAGGCCCCUAUUUCAUAUUUCGAUGCCUUCCAAACGGUAAAACGUUACUCGUAUCAAGAUGAUGGCCUUUUUGGAUUUGACCUUAACGAUGGCCGUUCCUAUUUAAAGCAUGUGGGGAUUUGGCAAUGGAAGUGGACAAGCUAUGAGUCUGGGAUGGGUGUUGAAAUGAAAAUGGACUAUGUGCAGGAGAUGGGUCUACGAGGCGUUAUGAUUUGGACGCAUGAAAACGAGCAGUUUGAAGAACAAAUUGGUGAAUAUCGCCUUUUGGGUACGAUCAGCCGAAAACUAGAUUCUGACUUUGAGUGUCUAACGGGAAUAUGUUGUGCUAAAUCGAAAACUGUGAAAAAGCUUUGUUACUUUAUCUAAAUGCUAUGAAAAGAAGAAUGUGAAAGCGAGUGAGGCAAGCAGCAUGAAAAAGAAUUGUUAAUAAACAAAUUGGA